AUGAAAGUUGGUGAUCGUCUGGUCCGCUUCUGUGAGGCAUGGGAAUCGAGUGCCAUAUUGAGGCCAAACUACCAUGAAGUGGUAGUUGAAUCUCUGCUAGUGGAAACCAUGAUCGAGAAUGCUUACGAACGAUCAUGCAUUGAAAAGGCUAACAAACUACCAGCUAACUCCAUAGCACAGAUUUGCUGGAUCAAACCAAUCGAAAAAAGACGCAGUGACCAACGAUAUGCGCAUGCAAUAUUCUCGAUGAACAGCAGAGAAGCAGCCAAUAAACUCAUCCUUCAUCAAGCAAUAGUGGGCAGUAAAGCUUUACGAGCACGCAAGAACAAGUCGGACCCUCAUCGCUGUGCAAAAUGCAAUGUCUUUGGAUAUAUUGCUGAACAGUGUAAGGUAGAACACGACUCAUGUGCGCGCUGUGCAGGACGACAUAGGACGAGCAGUUGCACAGCGCCAGAUGACCAACUACAGUGCGCGAACUGCAAAACACCAGGACAUGGAGCCGCCAGCAGAGACUGUCCCCACUUCAUCCGAAAACUGAAAAAACGAGUGCAGUGGGAACCAGAACGAGCAUAUGAACUAUUCGUAACGAGGGAUCCAGAAACUUGGGUCCGAGACGAUGCUCCUCUCAAGGAGGAUUUCAAUCAAGGAUGGAGGCAGGAAGUUGCGAACAGUUACAACACUUGGACUAUAGUGAAACGGGGCAAUGGACAAGGAUGA